AAGCUGCAGCUUCCUCUCCAUUCAUUGCCAGGCAGGCAGAGAGACAGACAGGGACGGAGCAGGGUCUCUGGCGAAGGCCUCCCACCCAGGAAGGGGCUGGAUCACGGCGCGGAGGUGGGUGGGAUCCCGAGACCGAGGGAGGAGAAAGCCGAGGAAGGCGAGAACAAAAGGGACGCUGCUGUCGCUUCUGCGGGAAGAUAGCAGGUAGAGAUGAUGAGAAACGAAGACUACCUGAUUGAAGAAGACUUGAUCAUUCAAGAAGAGGAAGAGGAGGAGGAAGAUGAUAACCUGAUAAUAGAAAAGGUGAUCCUCACAGAGGACUUUGAGGCAGAUCUGAUGGAAGAAGCGGUGAUAAUUCAAGAAGAAGAAGACGAAGGAGAAGAAGAGGAAGAGGUGAAUCUGGUGAACGAAGAGGAGAGCUUUCCAAUGGCAAUUCAUGAACAGGCUGAAGAAGGCGAACCCUUUCUGGGAGAAUAUGAAAUAAACGUCUUCCAGAUUCGUGGGGAUGAAGAGCCAUUUGACCUUGAGCCUGGUCCUGAAACCCAAGUAUUUGUUCCAAAGGAGAGACGUAGAGCUGUGCCACGAUCCAGAACUGCAGGGGAACCCAAGCAGACCCAGAAGCCAGGAAGAAUUUAUAAGUGUCCUGAUUGUGAGAAAGUCUUCAAACGGUGUUCACCCCUUAUCAGGCACCGAAGAACCCACACUGGAGAGAAACCAUAUGUUUGCCGCGAAUGCUUGAAACCCUUCAGUGACAGCUCAGCACUGGUGAAGCACCAAAGGAUCCAUGCAGGAGAGAAGCCUUACACGUGCCCCGAGUGUGGGAAAAGCUUUUCCCAAAGCUCGACCCUCAUCGCACAUCAGAGGAUACACACGGGAGAAAAGCCAUAUAAAUGCCCCGAUUGUGGAAAGAGCUUCAGCGUGAGCUCUAAUCUUGUUGCCCACCAGAGAAUCCACACAGGAGAGAAACCAUUUGGGUGCCCUGUCUGCCUGAAAGGCUUCUUGGUCAGCUCUCAUCUCAUCAGACACUUGAGAAUACAUACAGCAGAAAAACCUUAUAUUUGUGGCGAGUGUGGGGAGUGUUUCUCCCAGAGUUCUCACCUCGUUGUACACAAGAGGAUCCACACUGGGGAAAAACCUUACCUGUGUUCUGAGUGUGGGAAGAGGUACCGGGGGAUUGCAGAUUUGAUCCAGCACCAGAGAAUUCACACAGGAGAGAAGCCCUACAAAUGCCAGGAGUGUGGGAAAUGUUUUAGCCAACGCGCAUGUCUUAAGAAGCAUGAACAAAUUCACACCGGAGUGAGACCAUAUAUGUGCCUCAAAUGUGGGAAGACGUUUUAUCGGAACUCACACCUGACUAGGCAUAACAAAGUCCACACUGGGUAAUUUUUAAAUAGUGGUUCUGUGGGAGUUCAGCUCCAUAGCAACAGCUCAUAUACAAGAAAUCAAGCCAAGUGUCUCACGUAGUUAGUGUUUCCCAUCUUCCCCUCAUAUGUAUACAGUAAAAAUCUCAUCUGAAAUAAAGGACAAUAUGCCUUUAAUUUUUUAUGGGACUAGUUAGGAUCAGCCAUCCAGGUUUCUUUUUUCUCUAUCAAGUUCACAACUGGGUCCUAGAAUUUUCCAUGGCACAUCACUACGCUUUUAUUUUUACUGCUUAAUUAUUGCUUUUGAUCUUUAGGCCAUAUGCUUUCAGACAUGUUUCUAAAUCCUUUGAUUGGAUGUGGAUUGCUACACCCAGAGUUCUUAAAGUUAACUUUCUGGUUUUUAACAAAUCCUCAGACAUUUUGAUAAGUGGUGAAAGGAGGAGGAAAAAAGACUGACUGAACUAUACUGAUAUCAAGUUCUGUGGUGAUACUGAGACACUCCCUUCUUUCUACUCUGUUAGUGCAUAAAACGCCCUGCAUCAUCCAGUGGAUUUAUGCUGUACACUCAUUUUGUUUCUCUACAGUGGGUGGGAAAUUGCAUGCAGGAUAUUUCCCAGUUAGUCUGGAUUCCUAUACGUCUCUUUUUAUUUAAAAAGACAAAGACAUAUCACUUUCAACACUCCUUUAAUCUAUUCACGGCAGGCUUGUAGGCCAAAAAGGCCAUUAAGACCAGGUCUGGUGUGCCUUCUGGAUGACCUUGACAUUUGUUGGCUUGAAUCUUGAAUUAUGCUAACACUUGAUAACUUGGUUGUGGAGGUCUCACAAAUUUGUGGGGAGAGGAGGUUGUAUGCUGUUAUUAGAGAGUACUACUAUACAUAGUGUCUAGAUCAAGGGAAGUCAUGGUGCCUCUAUAUUCUGCUUUGGUUAGACCUCACCUGGGGUUCUGUGUCCAAAUCUGGGCACCACAGUUCAAAAGAGAUAAUGACAAGCUGGAAAGUGUCCAGAGGAGGGAAACUAAAAUGAUCAAAGAUCUGGAGACCAUGAAUCCCUAUGAGGAGCGUCUUAAAGAGCCAGGUAUGUUUAGCCUGCAGAAGAGAAGGUUGAGAGGAGACAUGGUAGCCAUGUACAAAUAUGUGAAACAAUGCCAUAAGGAAGAAGGAGCAGGCUUGUUUUCUGCUGCCUUGGAAACUAGGACUUGGGGCAAUGGGUUCAAAUUAUAGGAAAGAAGAUGUUACCUGAACAUUAGAAAGAACUUCCUGACUGUAAGAGCUAUUCAGCAGUGGAACUCUCUGCCUUGGAGUGUGGUGGAAACUCCUUCCUUGGAAGCUUUUAAUCAGAGGUUGGAUGGUCAUCUGUCAGGGAUACUUUAAUUGUGCUUUUCCUCCAUGGCAGGGGGAUGGACUGGAUGACCCAUGUGGUCUAUUCCAACUCUAUGAUUCUAUGUAGAGAUUAGAAGAUCUCAGUAAAGACAGGAAAGGCUGUUGUCCUGGAAUGCUCCUGCCAUUCAUAGUAGACACUACUAGAAUAAAUAGUAGACACUACUAGUUAGACACUACUGGUCUAACUUACUGUUAGACAGGUUGGCCUAUUCAAACUCCAACCCCUCCAAUCUAUUGUAAUAGCCCACUGUACUCUCAGAAGCAGCCAAGAAGAGGAAUCGCUAUUAAAAGGUUUUGUUCGACACUGCCUGAGAACAUACGGGGUUUCAAGCAUGUAUUGUAAGCUUAUGUGACAUCAGCAGAGCUUUAAAAUUGCAAUGUAAUUUCCCCCUAAUACCCCUCCUUUUUUUAGUGGAGCUUAUAGAAAAUUUUGGAAUGGUCCCAAGUGGCAGGGAUGUGGUUAAGAAACGGAUGUAAAUUAGAAAUACGUUGGUUUGGUUCCAGACCUUCAGAGAAGUUCCCUUUUCAGAUUAGGGGUAAUAGUUUAAUGUGUUUCAGAGAAGCUUUCAUUCAAAUUUACAGCACGGACAGGAGAAACCAGAUCAGGUCAUUCUUGCAGAAGCGAAGACCAUUUGAAAGCACCAUCCAAAUGUACUGAAGUAUGAUUUUAAAUAUUCAGCUGCCUCCACUUUUAUUCCAUUCUGGUGUCCACAUUUACAGAUCUGCUUCUUUAAUGUGUUGAUGGAACCUGGUGAGACAACGUAUGUAUUCUCAUUGUCUUUAUUUUGCUGUUCAUCCAUGCUAACAAGGGGUUCUUGGGGCAGUUGUUUACUUUACCUGUUGUAGGCAUGCACAUACAGCAACAGUUAAGCAGAGGCUGGAUGGCCAUCUAUUGGAGGUGCUUUGAUUCUAUGUUUCUGCAUGGAAGGGGGUUGGAUUAGAUGGCCUUUGUGGUUUCUUCUAACUCUUUGAUUCCAUGACUAGAGCAGAAUCCGUCUUAGGAAUUCAGUAUUGCAUGGUUUGUUGCAAAGUGACACAGAAAGCCUGUGUUUCUCCGUCUUCCGUUACCAUCCUCCCAGUGUAGAUGCUGCUAUCAAAACUUCCAGUUAGAGAAAAAGCAGGGCCUGAGGGAAUAAAACUCAUUGUAAAAAUAAGCUUCUUUGUCAGAGGCUUUGUUAACCGAAAUAUGCCUGUAGUUUUAAUUAGGUACUCUUUUUGCCUGCUGUGUUCUUUUUUUCCUCAGAAAAUGUAAUUGAUAGUUUUCUACUUCCAAUAUAAGAAACCAAUGUUGUUGUUGUUGAUCUUUUAUUCUGAACACCAAAAAAAGUUGCAUUCCCAAAGUAUGCACAGAACGUAUGCUCAGUAGACAUUUCGCAGUGCAGUGCAACUCUGUGCAGAUUCACACAGAAGUAAGUCCCAUGAUGUCAGAGAGGGACUUGCUUCUAGGAAAAGAGUAUUUGGGAUUGCAUAUGUUAGAUGUUGUUCUUUAAAGUAAAUAAAUAAAUAGAGUGCUCUGGGGAACAUGUAAA